UAAAAAAUAGAGGAAAGAAAAAAACACUGUCGCAACAAGGAGGCGAAAUCAGUGACGGAUAAAAUUCAAUAUGCAAGAUUCUCUUACUUCCCCGUCGAAUAAAAAAAUGAAUAUUUGUUCAUAUUAUUUUAUUUUGUUUUACUUCUUUUCAUCCCCCCUGGUCUCAGAUGCCUAUGGUUACAGAUUAAGAGUAGAUUUGAUAAAUAAUGGUCCAGCUGUUCUGGAUGCUAAUAUAACCUUCACAGUAAAGUUGUCCAAUCCUUCCGGGGUUAUUCCGUCUGGUCCUUUCUACUGUAUAUUUUAUGAUGAACUUGGACUGUCAUUUACAACAGAAACCUUGAAUGCUGUAAUAUUCAACUAUACAGUCAGCUAUCCAAGUUCUCAUUACAAAAAAGGCAAUUACAGGAUGGAUGUUACAGUUUAUAAGCAAGAAUAUAUAUUCCCCAUGCCUCAAGGAUCAGCUACUACCAAAUUUGAGCUUACCGAAACAUUGAAUGGACAUAUAGCUGCCAUCCAGAAAAAUUCUUCUCAGCAUGUGUCACCCCACUUUGUUUCAACAGGGGAAGAAACACAACUUGUGGUUAAAUUUCAUGACCCUGAAGACUUUCUUAGUCAAGCCCAAGAUCUAGUAUUUUAUUGGUUUGUGAAUGAUGUCAAUUAUGGUACUACGAAAACACCAGUUUUAAAGUUCAACUUCACAGAAGUUAAAAAUCAUACUGUUAUGGUUGAUGUGUAUGCAACAUUUGCUGUACCAACAACAACUAGUACAACAACAACUACUACCACGACGACGACGACAACAACCACAACAACUACGACGACGACGACGACUCCACCAUCAACAACAACGUCGACAACGGUUCCAACUGUGUUGCCUACGGUGACACCCGAAACCUCGUCGUUGAUAACUCCGUCAAGAAACGUUUCUCUCGCUCUGAGCAAACGUAGAUCCGGCUAUAUUCAUUAUCAGCGUUUCAUCGGCUACAAGGUUGCUCUGUUUACUUUGGAACUGCAAGCUCGAGACCCCGUUAGUAAUGUGUCUAUUCACGGAAAUAAUUGGCUCAAGCACGGCGACAUAAUGAACAUGAACAUAUCGUGCAAUGGAUCAGCCCCGUUCUACUACUGCUGGGCGUUUGACGGGUUUAUGAACGAAACAACUAAUGCAAGCUGCGAACUGCCCAUCAAAACAAAUAACUGCGAACUCCAGCUGCUGCACUAUUUCAGUAGCCCUGGCCAGUAUAUUCUGCCCGUCGUUUUGUAUAAUCAAGUAUUUUACCAAGUGAUUCCCCUCAAAGUCAACAUUUAUGAAGCUGACCGUAAAGCGCAACUCUCACUCGUGGUUGUUCCAAUCGCAUCGGCCUGUGUCGCCAUCGUCAGCAUUGCGUUUGGUAUUGGACUUUACUUUUACACCCGCCGCAACUUAAGAAUAGAAGUGGCCGAUUUUGAUUUCGAAGAGGAAGAAGCACCGGAAAUGUCUUUUUCUGAACGUCUUCGAUCUUCCGUACUUCAGUACUGGUCUGGUCUGAAGGGCCAAACUCCUCCGGCCAAUUCUAGUUACCAGAACAUAACAUUUGACUAAGUUCGCAAGUCGCCUUUUUUUUUUUUUUUUUUUUCUUUUCCUUUCUUUAAAAGUAAGCGAACGUCAAUCUCUCCACCGCCUCUAUUGUCGACUUUAAUCUCGUCAUUCCCUUCGGUCGUUUCCGCCUCGCCAUUUUUUAUGUUGUUGUUGCCAAUGAUUUUCGCCAUCGCAACGUUGCAGUAGAUAUCUUUUGGGUUUCUCGUCAUUUUCGCCUUGACCCCGGCGCAAUCCAAACAUCAACUACAUCUUUCUUAUAUUAUUAUUAUUAUUAUUAUUAUUAAAAGCCUGUGAUAAUGGCAUCAGAAUGUAAUGGGUCCUUCUACCUGUCGUCCUCUCUCCCAUAACCCACGUCACGUAAAAAAAAAGAAGGAACCUGCAAUCCCACAAAGAAUAAAACGUAAAAUGCAAA